AUGGCAGACAUCGACCUCUCGCAAUACGACAAGUUCCAUCUCGAAACAAUACACUACCCACCAAAGACGAGAGCUAAUGUCCAGACAGUCACCCCCGGCAACAUCCUCCUCUACGUCCUCCUGGUCAUACUCACCAACCUCAUCAACCACCUCAUGAACUACGGCGCCACAAUGCUUUCAUCCAAGCCAUCGAAGCUCGAGCGCGUUGAGGUGCUGGAGAGGGUUACGGAGAUUUUGGAGGAGGAGAUGAUGCGGCAAGGUUGGCUGGAUAAGGAGGAGAUGCUGCAGCAGGAGACUGAUGAGGGGGAAAAGCGGACGUGGGUGGAGAAUGGAGCCAUCCGCUACGAAGUCCACGUCCCGCCAUUCGAAGAGCGACCCCCGACGCCCUACAAAACCCCCGGCACAGACAUCGGCGACCUCCGCAUCCCCUGCGUCCUUCUCUGCCACUGCAACAACUGCCGUCUGGGCGCCAACCAGAUCCUCCCCAUCGGCCUCGUCUGCGAGACAAAGACCGUCCAGGUGUCCGUGCUCCCUCGCUCCACCACCACCACCAGCGAAGGCGCCUUCGACAUCCCGGACCGCGAACGCACUUCCGCCUCAGCGUCCGAGAUCUUCGACCCCCGCAACCCAAACCCAGCCAACUCCCACCUCUCCGUCUACAGAUCCUCCCCCCAGCGCUCCCGCUGGUUCUGCUCCCGCUGCGGCACCAGCAUCGGCUACUCGAUCGACCCGGGCGUCAUCCCGGAGGCGUGGGGAUGGCCGACAAUGCUGGAUCUGUGGUCCGCAACGAUCGAUCGUGAGGAUCUGGAGAAGGAGUACAUGGCUCCGGAGCGGAUGGUGUGGUGCCAUUACGCGGUGCCGUGGGUCGGGAAGCUGGCUCGGGAGGGCGCAGGGGGGAUCCCGGAGCAUCCGUUGACGAAGAUUGAUAAGGUUGUGGGAGAUGAUGUCACGGAGGAUCUCAGGGAGUUGGAGGCGCUGGAGCAGAGUACAAAGGGGAAGUGA